AGAAAAUGUGUGCGGGCCGGCAAUUCCAACGGUACAUUGGUUUAUUUUUUAUAUAUAUUGAAGCAAUCAAAAUCAUUUAUCAAUAAUAAUCGCGCCCAAUACACACCUAAAACCAUCGGCAAUCGUUGGAAAUAUUCAAUGUAAAUUACUUUAAACGGUAGUUGAUUUUCUGUGUUAUUAAAAACGAGUAAACAAAUUGAAAUGAGUAAAUGGGCUUUGGCUUCUUCUUUGCGUACGCGUUUUUACUUUCAUCACUGUUUCGGUUUCUGUUUUCGGGUCGACACAAUAAAAUGGCAAAUGCUUAAGAGAGUUUGAGCGUAUUUUGGUUUUUCACUCGGUUGCUGAAAAACAAAAUGUGCGCAUGGCUUUCAAUUGAAUUGCACAUAUAUGGAAAACGAUGGAAGCACAGUCGAGCACAAAAAGAAGCAACACCGUCAAGACGUGUGCAAGAGACGCAAUCAUAACAGACGCAACAAUUGCUAAUUGUAUUUUAUUUGCUAUGCUAGCCUUCUUUUUUUGCCAACCACUUUUGUGGACAUCAUUGUGUGCUGUUGCUCGAUGCGAUGUGUGUGGAUUCUCGGUUGAUCAUAUGUUAACUGUUUUUGGUUUUCCACGCGGAACAUAAACCAUGGACAGCAAUGGUGGCGACGACGGCAAGUACACACAUGUUUGCUGGUUAGCUAUACCACUGACUUCAAAACAGUGCGCAUUUGGACUCAGAAGAGGAAACACCGAAAAUCGUAAUGCACCCUCAGUUCAAAGUGUCUGUUUGGUGCUAACUUAAGAAACAAUGUGAUACAAGUUUGAAAUCAGUUUUGUUCUUUUUGUCCAUCUAGGUAAAAAAGAAUCUUAAUUUAAAUGUUGACUGUUUUUUUGCAACAUUUUUCUCUGGUUGUUUUGUGAAAUUGGUAGGUUACGAAAUCGAUUGUUUCACAUUGCCGAAUCGCUUACACUAAAGACACGCUUGUAAAAUUGGUGCGAUUCGAUGUGAGACAGACCGAAAUAGGCAGAGAGAGUGAGCAACGUUUGAAUAGAAAAAAAUAGCGCAGCCAAACGAAAACUAUAUGCAAUUUUUCAAUCAUACGCAUUGCUGACUCUCAAUCACAUUCGACAAAAGUGGCGCGUAAAUUCACAUCUAUACACGCAUGGUGCGGCGUGGAAAAUAACAGCGAACGAGGCGAGCAAGCAACAACAACGAAAAGAAACUAGAGUAGAAAAUUAUUUACAAAAUGACGCAAAUGAUGCAAUCGAUGAGACGACGGCGGUGGUUAUUGGAAUGCUAUAAAUUUAACGCUUUGCUUAUUUUGCUAACAUUGAUUUUACACGAUCGAUUUUCCAUGGUAUUUGGUAUAACCGUCAAUCCGCUUGAUUCGCUGGUUGCAUCGUUUGAUUUCGAUGAAUAUGGUGGUAGCGAUGAUGGCGAUCGAUCCAAUGAGUUUGCUUCGGAAGUUCAUGAUUCGAAUAAAAUUGACCAAUUUCCCAGCGGUUAUAACAACUUUGCUGGAUCUUCGGAAAUUAGCGGCACCGGAGGAGCAUAUGUGUUUGGACCAGCAUCAUCAGCCAUUGUUAAACAGCCCAUUAGCGAAAACCAAUCAGACACCUUCAGCGAGUUUCUGAAGAUGUUUUCGAUUCCACUGCAUCACUCAGUGUUUGAGGUACCGAAUUUUUUCAACAAUCGCAUUUCCAUCAAGUCACGAUACGUAACAAAACCAUUCAAACCAUCAAAUUUGUCACCAAUUGUACUGAGACAAAAAAUCGUUCGUCUGCCUCCACCACAGUCACUAUCAUCGCCGCUAACGGCCAUCACCGACGGCAUCAAAGAUCGCCUGAAAGCCAUUUAUCCAGGCACACUGUGGUGCGGCGAUGGUAAUCAAGCGAGAAACCAGAAUGAAAUCGGCCUAUUUCGUAACACAGAUAUUUGUUGCAAACAACACGACGAAUGUCCCGCAUUCAUCAAAUCGGGCAGUGAAUUUAAAGGCCUCCGAAACACUGGCCUAUUCACGCGAAGUCAUUGCGAUUGCGAUCUAAAAUUUUACAAUUGCCUAAAGAGAACCGAUUCGCUGAUAUCGAAUAAAAUUGGCUACACUUAUUUUAAUAUUUUGCGACCGCAAUGCUUUCGCAAGGAGUUCCGCGUUGUUGGUUGCAAAAAAUGGGUUAACAAGAAAUGUAUCGUUUACAUGGUGGAUGAUCGACAGCCCGGUGUAUGGCAAUGAUACUUAGGUUCGAUUAAAAGUCGUAAUUUAAAUGCAAAACCAAAAUGUGAAUAAAGGAAACUACUUGGAAAUAACAAACAAUUGGUGUGGCAAUCUCUUCCUGCUUCCAAUGCUGACAUUUCAAAACACCCUGAC